UGAUAAAGAACUCAUAUGUUCGGGACAUAAAGCUAAGGAAACAUAGUUUUAAAACCGUUAGAUUCGUAUAUUUAUUAGUUUACUAAAUAUAACUUAAAUUUUAUAUUUUAUUUUUGAAUUAUUUGAUUGACAGUAUUGCAUUAAUUUCCUUAAAAGUAUAUUACACUAACGAAUAUCAUGAAUGGAAACCAAAGUACAUUCAAAGAUAUACCGUCUGAUUCAGGAAUUCUAAAACCGCAAGUAACUUAUGUUGAUGAUAAGGAAAAUAUAGAAGAUUUUAUAGGACGAGAAGUUAAAUUAGAUAAAUAUGAAAAUCAUUCAGCACUUGUAACUUAUCACCCACAAAUUCAAUAUGUACCUCCUUUAAAUUUUUCAUUAGUUGAAGAUCAAAUAUAUAGAUCUGGAUUUCCUAUGCCUAUAAAUUAUCCAUUUUUAAAACAGUUAGGGUUAAAAACUAUAAUCUAUUUAGGAGAUCUUGGACAUGAAAAGCCUAAAAAGGAGAAGAAGAAAGAGAAAGAAAAAUCUAAAGAUAAAGAUAAAGAAGGUAAGAAGAAAGAUAAACAAAAUACAGUUGAUACCUAUAAUAAUUACUUAGAAUGGAUUUCAACUACAGAUAUAACUUUUCAUAAUCUUUUGAUCGACUCCUCUCAGGAACCAUUCAACAAGCCUGAAGAGUAUAGACAGGCCCAUGAAUCAUUAACAAAGGCUUUGUACAUAAUUUUAAAUAAAAAUAGUUUUCCUAUAUUAAUCCAUUCAAAUAAGGGUAAACAUAGAACAGGUUUAUUGGUUGGAUUAAUCCGAAAAAUCCUCCAAGGUUGGUGUAUCAGUGGAAUAUUUGAAGAAUAUGAAAAAUUUGCUAUGGGUAAAUCCGAAUUUGAUUUAGAAUUCAUAGAGUUAUGGCAGCCUGAACUAUGGAUUAAUGAUGAGUUAAAACCAGAUUUUGUAAGAAUAUGAAUUAUGAUAAUAGUAUAUUAAUAGAUGUU